GGCCCUUUUGGCUGCGCAGGGGCGAGCGGCGCGGAGUGAGGAGGACCUGCUGCCGCCGCCAUGCCGCAGAACGAGCACAUCGAGCUGCACCGCAAGCGGUACGGCUACCGGCUGGACUACCAUGAGAGGAAGAGGAAGAAGGAAGGGCGCGAGGCUCACGAGCGCUCCAGGAAGGCCAAGAAGAUGAUCGGGCUGAAGGCCAAGCUGUACCACAAGCAGCGGCACGCCGAGAAGAUCCAGAUGAAGAAGACAAUUAAGAUGCAUGAAAAGAGAAAUACAAAGGAAAAGAAUGAGGAAAAAACUCCUAAAGGAGCUGUACCAGCAUACCUGCUGGACAGAGAGGGCCAGUCCCGGGCUAAGGUUCUGUCUAACAUGAUCAAACAGAAACGAAAAGAAAAAGCUGGGAAAUGGGAGGUUCCUGUGCCAAAGGUCCGUGCACAGGGAGAAACAGAAGUUUUGAAAGUGAUUCGUACAGGAAAGAGAAAGAAGAAGGCCUGGAAGAGAAUGGUUACAAAAGUUUGUUUUGUUGGAGAUGGCUUUACUAGGAAACCUCCUAAGUAUGAACGAUUCAUUCGACCAAUGGGCUUACGUUUCAAGAAGGCACAUGUGACACAUCCUGAACUUAAAGCUACUUUUUGUCUGCCUAUCCUUGGUGUAAAAAAGAAUCCUUCUUCUCCUUUGUAUACAAGUUUGGGUGUAAUUACCAAAGGUACUGUCAUUGAAGUGAAUGUGAGCGAACUGGGCCUCGUGACACAAGGAGGCAAAGUUAUUUGGGGAAAAUAUGCACAAGUAACAAACAAUCCAGAAAAUGAUGGCUGUAUUAAUGCAGUUCUGCUUGUCUAAUCUGUUUAAUCCUACACCUUGGACACUGCUUUCUACAAAAUCGGUGGAGUUUCAACAGUUUUGGAAGAUCUCUGGAACCUUCAACCAAUCAGCAGUGCUGACCCAUUAAGUGUGCCAGAAAAGACUGUUCAGAGUUUUAUAUUUAAAGUGUUUGUGUAUCUGACAAUUGUCAAAAUAAAGAGAUUCGAUUUUCA